GGCGCUUUGUACCUCUCGGGUGCAGUGUUGUCUCUCUGCAGAGAAAUUUUGUCCGUUUCUCCUUUUUUCACAUCACCGCAAAAUCAAAAAGGAGAAUUUUUUAAUCAUCCUUGUUUACGAAUACAGAUUUUCUUUUGUAGUGAGGAAAUUUUCAACAAUUUAUGCUCGAAUCUCGCUGGAGCUGCUGAUUUAUGCGCAGGUGUGAUUUUAGGUUGAAAUCCAGCUCGUGAUUUUGUUAUUCGGUAAAUGUGAAGGCUCGGAAAAGCCCUAAUUCGACUGAAGAUCGAAAAUGGGGUGUGCGCAAUCGAAAAUCGACAAUGAGGAAUCGGUUUCAAGGUGUAAGGAGAGGAGGAAUUUGAUGAAGGAGGCUGUUGUUGCGAGGAAUGCCUUUGCCUCGGCGCAUUCCGGCUACUCCGUCUCGCUUAAAGACACCGGCGCCGCCCUGAGCGACUUCGCCGGCGGAGAGGUCCCGCCGCCGCCGCUGGAAGCGGCGACGGCGGAUCCCCCGGUUGUGGACCUGCCCCCGCCUCCCCCUCCGUCGGCGAUGGGGUCGAACCUCCCGCCGCCUCCCCCGCCGCUGCCGAGCUUCUCUCCCAUGCCGACGCCGCCGCUCCAACGGGCGGUGACUAUGCCGGCAUUGUCGGAGUCGGUUAGGAAGGGGAAGAUGAAAGGGGUGGCUGUUCACGAGGACGAUAUCUACGAGGAGGACGAGGUGGAGGAAGAGGAGGACGAGGAGGAUAGGUUUCGUAGGAGGAAGAAAGGGGUUGAGGAGGCUGAGGUCGAGACUCCGAUAAGGCCGCCUCCUAACCCCUCCACGACUCCCUCGGAGAUUAGAGGGAUGGCGUGGGAUUACUUCUUCAUGGACAACACGCCCCACUCGAAUUUGGACGAGGCUGUGGAAGGGGGCGAUGGUGGCUAUGGCGAGGAAAUGAAUGGGAAUCUCGACCAGGCGUUUGAGAAUGUGGCCGGAAAUGAUGAGUUCAAGACUCCGGAGAAGCAAGUGGGGUUCGAGGAGUUCAAGACGCCUGAGGAGACGCCAGCGUCCGUGCCAGCCCCGAAGUUUAUGCACUCCAACACCGCGCCUCCUGCUGUUAGCAGAAUCGUUAUGGGUGGGAAUGCGGCAGGAAAUGAUAAUGGUGUGGAUUUGUUGAAGGUUUUGAGUGAGAUCGACGAUCAUUUCCUUAAAGCUUCCCAAAGCUCGCAAGCCGUUUCAAAGAUGCUCGAGGCCACGAGGUUGCAUUACCACUCGAAUUUCGCUGAUAAUCGAGGACACAUCGACCAUGCAGCUCGUGUCAUGCAAGUUAUUACUUGGAACAAAUCCUUUAAGGGCGUGCCUAAUGGCGAGGCAGCGAAUGAUAGCUUUGAUCCAGAUGAUUACGAGACGCAUGCCACUGUUUUGGACAAGUUGCUAGCUUGGGAGAAAAAGCUAUACGAAGAAAUAAAGGCGGGCGAGCUUAUGAAACGUGAAUAUCAACGAAAAGUCGGCGUGCUGAAUAAGCUAAAGAAACGCAAUGCUAGUGCCGAGCAAGUAGAGAAGGCGAAAGCUGCUGUUAGCCAUUUGCAUACGCGAUAUAUAGUUGACAUGCAAUCCUUGGAUUCGACCGUCUCAGAAGUCAAUGAUAUACGUGAUAAGCAGUUGUUUCCGAAGCUCGUGUCGCUCGUUCAAGGGAUGACGACGAUGUGGGAGUCUAUGUGCAUACAUCAUAACAGCCAGCUCGAGAUUGUCACGGGCCUCAAAUCCCUCGACAUCUCGGGCGUCCUGAUCGAGACGACCAAGCACCAUCACGACCGGACGAAGCAGCUCGCGACUGUCCUCGAGCAAUGGCACUCGCAGUUCGAUAAGCUCGUGACGGGCCAGAGGCAGUACAUCGGCGCGCUCAGCAGCUGGCUGAAGCUGAAUCUCAUCCCGAUCGAGAGCAGCUUGAAGGAGAAAGUCUCGUCACCACCGAGAGCUCCAAACCCUCCGAUCCAGCCGCUGCUCCGCGCGUGGCACGACUACCUCGAGAAGCUCCCCGACGAGGUGGCGAAGAGCGCCAUCGCGUCGUUCGCCGCCGUGAUCAAGACCAUCAUCCUCCACCAGGAAGAGGAGAUGAAGCUGAAGGACAAGUACGAUGAGACGAGACGGGAGUACAUCCGGAAGAAGCAAGCCUUCGAGGAGUGGGUGCACAAGUACAGGAACCGCAGGACGCCCCCGGACGAGGGCGACGCCGAGAAGACCGGGGAGAGCGGGACGAAGGACCCGGUGACGGAGAGGCAGUUCGUGGUCGAGAGUUUGAAGAAGCGGAUGGAGGAGGAGAUGGAGGAGCAUCAGAAGCAUUGCAUUCAGGUGCGGGAGAAGUCACUCGGAAGCCUCAAGAUCCGGCUUCCGGAGAUAUUCCGAGCUCUCUCGGACUACGCCAAUGCAUGCUAUGAGGCGUACGAGCAGCUGAGAUUGCUCACAGCAUCACAACAUCCUAAUCCAAAUGCAGGAGCCUAAUCUGUCUUUGUUUAACAAGAAUGUUUACUGUAGAAUCAGCCAUGUUAAGGUGGAUUUGAUGUUUCUUUCGAGUUUUUUUUUUUUGCCUUUGGUUUUUGUGGGGAAGUGAACUUGUAUACUUUCACCCCAUUAAUGCUAAGAGUUCUUUUCAAAACA